GACUCUGCAGCCUGAGGUCGGCCUGGCAGUUGCGCCUUGUUGAGGCCCCAAUCAGUUGUGCACAUCUUGAGGUGCUUCGUACAGCUUGCACAGAGCCGUGUCCUUUUUCCUUUUACUUCUCUUAGGUUCUCCAAAUGGCUUCUUUUGGGUGGAAAAGGAAGAUUGGUGAGAAAGUUUCAAAAGCUACUUCGCAACAAUUUGAAGCAGAAGCUGCUGAUGAUAAGGGUCUGGUCGAUGAUGAUGAAGAUAACUGGGUGCAUGCAACUAAGAGAAGAAAGGAAAUUCUUCUGGAAGACUGCAUGAAAAAAAGCAAGCAGUUGAAGGAUGAAGGUGCAAAUUUGGCAGAAAACAGGAGGUACCGGGAAGCUAUUCACAAAUGGGAUGAAGCACUUCAGUUAACUCCAGAGGAUGCUACACUUUAUGAGAUGAAAUCACAGGUCCUGAUGUCUUUGCAUGAAAUGUUCCCAGCAGUGCAUGCGGCAGAAAUGGCUGUCCAGAGAAAUCCACGUUCCUGGGAUGCCUGGCAGACUUUGGGACGUGCCCAGCUUGGAUUAGGAGAAAUAGCACUGGCAAUCAGAAGUUUUCAGGUAUCCUUACACAUCUUCCCAAUGAACCCUGAAGUGUGGAAAGAGGACCUUUCUUGGGCAAGAAAACUCCAUGAACAGCAGGAGAAGGCAACAAAGACUGAGGCAAUGCAAGCACUGGCAAAAGCAAAAGAGUUUGCACAAGAAUCAAUCCCAGACUAUGACUUUGAAAGUGAUGAGAUUGUGGCAGUCUGUGCUGCCAUCGCAGAGAAGGAAAAAGCUCUGUCAGCAGCUAAAACUGUAGUGAUUGUGUCUGCUUCAGGCACUGUAGAGACUGUUACUGAUAAGGAAAAUUGUGCUACAACUCCUGAUGAUACCAUUUUUAUCAGAGCCCGAUAGGGUAGCCUGGUAUGUUGCCAGUACUGUUUUGAGAACUAGUGUUAUUUAUUGUAUGUUGAGGUUUUUUCUUUUUCUUUUUUUUUUCUUUAUUAAUCAGUUGGGGAGCCUACAACAGAAGCUGU